AUGAAUUUUAUAUUUUAUAUUGGAUUUUUAUUUUCUAUUGUUAAUGGAUUUGUUUCUGAAGAUUGUAAGGAUUUAUCACCACUUUGUUCUGGAAUUUUAAGACAUUGUAAAAGUCCAACAUACAUCAAAAUUAUGCAAAAAAGAUGUGCUUUAUCUUGUAGAUUUUGUACACUUCCAGUUAAACCAACAACACCAAUGAUUAUAAGAGAUAGAAUUCAUAAUUGUUUUACAAUGGUUGAUCAAUGUAAUGAUGAAAAAUUUAAAAAAUAUAUGGAACGUAAUUGUAAAAGAACCUGUUCAACAGCAACUCCUAAACCAACAACUACCAUUUCUCCGGAUGACAAUGAAUUUGAAAACACUGAAGCUUCAGGUAUAUCAGAUAAUAAUGAGGAACAAAUCAUUGAUACAGAAACAAAUACUGAUUAA